GCUCGUGCUCGGUUUCGUACUCGUAGCAUGAUGUUCACGUCUUCAACCUCUUCACCCGUAUUCAGUAUUUCCGGCUGCCUCUGUGUAUGUGGCACUCUUGUUUGUUCGUACCCGUUCGUACUGGGUUACUCUAAUCGUCAUCAACACCACGUUGCGGCGUUCGAUUGUUUGACCACAGACGCUGAGCUGACGCCGAAUGUGUGAUGGCCAUUGACUUCUGCAACAAAAAUGUGGGCACGCUGAUCGAGGCGGACCAGAUAUGCGCUGAUGGCUACGACGUCGACAACCUUAUUAGCGCGGACAGGCGUCGUUGCGGUUUCAUGGCCGAGUACUUUAUAAAGCCUCCCGUCACCGUGCUGCUGACGCUGCCUUGCCCGACCGAGCUGAGUUGCGUUGUGGUCGGUCUGAUUCGCGGUCCAGUCAAACUGACCGGCUUCGAGAUCUGGGUGUCGCGCACAGGUGUCGGCGCUACGUCGCCGCCACAAGACGACUUCGUACUGGUCGGCAAAAAAUACGAAGCCACGGGCGACGUCGUUCAACUGCGCAACAGGUGUUACGUUCCAAGAGGACCGUUCGCGACCCUGAUGCGAGAUGGCAAAACGCCUUCGUUUGCAUACGACUCGCAUGGAACAGGUGAAACCCUCAAGACUGCCUACUGCAAGUACGUGUGCCGGAUAAAGCUGAAACUGACCCGCGCUAUGGGCAGCGCCUCCAUUGGUCUAGGCUCCUUGCAAGUCUGGGGUCAACCGAUGGCUGCCCUUUGCAGCUUAGCUGCCCAAGACGAACUUAUUCGCCAAUUCCUUGGUACUGCCGCAACCGUCCCUAACUGUAAUCGUGAACAUUCGGCGACUGACAAACGCAGUUUACACCAGCCGUCAUCUUCUGCGUCGACUGUUCCGGAGCAGGCGAAGUCACUACCAGCAAAGAGCAAGGGGGAACAAGAGGGCGAAGUUACCAAGGGCGAGUUUCAGAUUCCAACAGACUUUCUAGACGCCUUGACUUUCGAGCUGAUGACGCAACCAGUUGUACUGCCAAGUGGCCAAAUAGUGGACCAAUCGACGUUAGAUAAACAUGUUGACACAGAGGAAAAGUGGGGUAGACCUCCAACAGACCCCUUCACUGGAAUAACGCUGACGGGCAUUAAUUGUCCCAAAAGCCUUCCUGAACUCAAGACCCGCAUCGACCACUUUGUGGUUCGCAACUUUGAGAAAUUGGGGAACAUUCCAAGGACGUUGGGAGGAAGCCCAGCCGGGACAGUGAGCAGCGCAAGACCCUCUGGUCUGAUUUUGUUAUCGCAGUCUGAACGUCCCUCAUCACGUCAGGCUUUGAAUGAGUCUGCGGAACGUGCUAGUACAAAAGAUGCAACUUGCUCAUCUCAGAACUGCCGUAGACCAAGCCAUCUUAAUGCAUUAAGCUCUCAGGGAUCAAAACCUGGUACAACUGGACUUGCAGGCAAAUUUGGUGCCGUUACUUCUUCCACUUCAAACUUGGUCACUGCGCAUUCUCGUUUUGAUAAUGUGGAUCAAAGAGCGCUACAGGGACCUCGGAUGCGCAGAAGUGCAAUUCCAAAAAUGCCUGUUUCACCCACCUCAUUGCCAAGAGCCAUGCCUGUACCACAGUCAACCAAGCAACAUGCCGCAUUCAUGUCAGAUGCAUCAUCAAGCAGCAACAAGCAGAAAAAGUUGCGAGAAGGUGAGAAACGGAAGCUUGAGGGAACAGUGAAUGCUUCCGAGGCCAAGCAACCACGAUGUGAUCUCAAAACACAUGAGGAGCGUCUUGCUGACAGCCUUUCAAGUUCUCUGGCUGAAACACUGCAGCGGAUAAGGAACAGUGCUCAGGGAAAACCAAAAGUUCAAGAAACAGACAGCGACUUGUGCUGGGCGUGUAAGGCGUCGCAGUCGACGCAUCGUGUACCGUGUGGUCACCACUUUUGCCGUGCCUGCUUAAUGAACACUGUUAGAAAUGGACAGUGUACCUGUGGCAAGCUGUUUCAGUCAUCUGAAGUUGUUAGGGUGCACUGUUCAGAACAGAAUCGAGAAUAAAACUAUAUUUAGAUAUUGAUCCGGUUUUCAUGAAGUGCUCUUCACUCACUGCAGCUGGUAUUUUGUAUUGAAAAUAGUGUGCAGCCAUCAUAACUGUGUUUUAAAGGUGAAAACCUAGUGCUUGUCCCAUCUUGUACUGUGUGUUAUAAACGAAGGCUCUCACUGCCUUUUUUGUUUACUUCUCUU